CAUAGCAGCAGCAACUACAGUCGUCUGUCUGUCGCGCGAUGCUAAGCAUCCGCUCCUUGGCUGCAACUUACCAUGUUGAUCCGGCAUGGCUGCUCAACCAUACGGACCUCAGUCGCGUCCAAUGGAGGAGAGGAGUUACUGAAGGAGAAAUCUACGUUGAAGUCGACGAGAUGGACAUGGUUCUCCCAUCACAACCAUCUGCUGGAAUAACAGAAGGCCGAGAUGAUGUGCCAAACCUCACCUAGCUUGUAUAUUUAAAACAUCAUCUCCCUUAUUUCUUGA